AUGGCGGGCGACGUGGUCAUAUGUGACCGUUGCUCCGACAAUUUUGUUGUGAAAACUAGUAAAAUACAGUGUUUUAGUUGUAAAAAGUAUUUUCAUUCACACUGUGUACGUGUAAAAGAUGAUUGUUUAAAAUUUAUCAACAGAAGUGAUAGCGUUUUUUGGUUCUGCGAUGAUUGCAAAGUUCUUUUGCCGCAAAAACUGGUAGGCGUUGUACCCGAAAAAACUGAAUACGAAUCUCUGAAACGUGAAAAUAGUUUAUUAAGCUCCCUAAACAGCGAGUUAAAAUGCAGCAAUGAGCUCUUAAAAGAAAAACUGGGUAUGAUAAUUAAUUCUAAUAAUUCUGGAUCUGGAGUGAGUACAAAUAUUUCUUCUAAUAGUCAAAACCAACUAGCAUCCUAUAGUAGUGCACUUAAAAAUACAUCAACAAAUAAACCCGGUUUAGUGAUAAAAUCCCAAGGAUCCUCAAUUAACAAUGAUGAUGUUUUAAAGGACAUUCAGAAGCAUAUUCAUCCUGGUGACAAAAAUAUCCGUAUCGACAGUAUUAAAAAAGUUAGAGGUGGAAUAAUAGUGAAUUGCGAAAAUGAUGAUUCCUUAAAAAAUUUAAAAUCUUGUGUUAAUAAUGCUUUAGGUUCGAAAUACAGUGUGGAACAGAUAAAUAAAUUUAAUCCACGUCUUAUACUAAAAGAUGUAAAUCUAAAUGACAAACAACCUAAUGAUGAUCUUUUGAACGAAAUCUUUACAUUAAAUGAUCUAAUUGAUAAUUUUAGCCUCAAUGAAAUGAAAAUUGUAGCAGUUUUAAAUUUUAAUAACAAAUCCAAUAUAAUUUUUGAAACAACACCAAAUUUACGCAAAUGUAUUAUAGCUAAAGGGUUUUUAUAUGUAGGGUGGAAAAAAUGCUUUGUUAACGAUCACCUUAGAAUCAUAAAAUGUAAAAAAUGUCACUCUUUCGGUCAUACUGAAAAAACAUGCACAUCAACUGUUAAAUGCAUAAUGUGUUCAAAUGACCAUGAUUCCAAGCAAUGUAACUCUACUCAUAGAAAAUGCAUAAAUUGCACCAGUAACAAUAACAAAUUUAGAACGAAAUUUGAUACCAACCACUCCGCCAAUGACAAAGCAUGCCUCGUUUAUAAAAAUUAUAUUCAGCACCUUCAAUCAAAAAUCAACUAUGGUUAA